AUCCGGGUUUUGGUACAGCGGCAAUCAUGGCGCCACCCGUCAGAUACUGCAUUCCCGGCGAACGUCUGUGUAAUUUGGAGGAGGGCAGCCCAGGCAGUGGCACCUAUACCCGCCACGGUUACAUCUUUUCGUCGCUUGCCGGCUGCCUGAUGAAGAGCAGCGAAAACGGCGCGCUUCCUGUGGUGUCUGUAAUGAGAGAAACAGAGUCCCAAUUACUGCCAGAUGUGGGAGCUAUUGUAACCUGUAAGGUCUCCAGCAUCAAUUCGCGCUUUGCCAAAGUACACAUCCUGUAUGUGGGGUCCACACCACUUAAGAACUCUUUUCGAGGAACUAUCCGCAAGGAAGAUGUUCGAGCAACUGAAAAAGACAAGGUUGAAAUUUAUAAGAGUUUCCGCCCAGGUGACAUUGUCUUGGCCAAAGUGAUCUCCCUAGGUGACGCACAGUCCAACUACCUGCUAACCACUGCCGAAAACGAGCUGGGAGUGGUGGUAGCCCACAGUGAGUCAGGUGUCCAGAUGGUUCCCAUCAGUUGGUGUGAGAUGCAGUGCCCUAAGACCCACACUAAAGAGUUCCGGAAAGUGGCCCGCGUACAGCCUGAAUUCUUGCAGACCUAAGAAGCCACUUUUUACCCCAUGGAAGGGGGUAAGCUGUUCCUGAGUACAUGUAUGACAAUAACAUGUACUUAUCUUUAUAAGAUGCUGUUGUCUUUAUUCAAACAACUGGGGUUGGCCAACAGCCACUUCCAGAAAAAUCUACGAGAAGCUUAAGCUGUAGAUGGAACACGUUUCUGUCUAUCAGUGGAUUUCAUUUUCUUGAGUGAUAAAACUUACCUUUUAGGGGCACCAACAAACUGUGAUAUUGGAAAUAGCCUGUUCAUCCUGACAGUCCUUUUACAUUUGUAAUUUUGCUAUGAUAAAA